CUCGAAGUUCCAACAAGUUCCAAACCCCUCCUCGACCUCGCCCUCUCCUCUUCGUCCUCCGCUCCCAAUCCUAGGGUUUUGCUCGCCGCGGCGCCGCAUCGCACCGCAGCGCGAUGGAGCCCACCUCGUCGGCGUCGAUCGCGCGGCAGACGUGGGAGCUGGAGAAUAACAUCCCCGCGGCGGCCACCGACCCGGACGCGAUGGACGCGAUCUACCGCUACGACGACUCGGUGCAGGCGAGAGCGCAGCAGGAGAAGCCCUGGGCCAACGACCCGCACCACUUCCGCCGCACCAAGAUCUCCGCGCUCGCGCUGCUCAAGAUGGUCGUCCACGCCCGCGCCGGGGGCACCAUCGAGGUCAUGGGGCUCAUGCAGGGCAAGUGCGAGGGCGACGCCAUCAUCGUCAUGGACGCCUUCGCGCUCCCCGUCGAGGGCACCGAGACCAGGGUCAAUGCCCAGGCCGAUGCCUACGAGUACAUGGUUGAGUACUCAACCAUCAACAAGCAGGCUGGGAGGUUGGAGAAUGUGGUUGGCUGGUAUCACUCACACCCUGGUUAUGGAUGCUGGCUGUCAGGAAUCGACGUGUCAACUCAGAUGCUUAACCAACAAUUCACAGAACCAUUCUUGGCUGUUGUGAUAGACCCCACAAGGACUGUUUCUGCUGGUAAAGUGGAGAUUGGAGCUUUUAGGACAUACCCAAAAGAUUACAAGCCACCAGAUGAGCCUGUGUCUGAGUACCAGACUAUUCCACUCAACAAGAUAGAAGAUUUUGGAGUCCAUUGCAAAUCGUACUAUGCUUUGGAUAUAACUUAUUUCAAGUCAUCCCUGGACUCUCACCUCCUUGAUCUGCUCUGGAACAAAUACUGGGUCAACACACUAUCUUCAUCACCACUUCUAGGCAACAGGGAUUAUGUUGCUGGGCAGAUCUUUGAUUUAGCUGAUAAACUAGAGCAAGCUGAAGGCCAGCUGGCACACAGUCGAUUUGGUGGUAUGAUUAUGCCAUCACAACGAAAGAAAGAGCAAGAGGAGUCUCCACUGGCUAAGGUAACACGAGAUAGCUCCAAAAUCACAGCUGAGCAGGUUCAUGGUCUCAUGUCACAGGUCAUAAAAGACAUCCUCUUCAACUCUGUCCACCCCUCAAUCAAGGCAAGCACAAGUGCUCCAGAUUCAUCAAGUGCUCCGGAUUCAUCAAGUGCUCCAGAUUCAUCCGGUCCUGAGCCUAUGGUUGAAGCCUAAGAGUUCCAGCGAAAGGCAACAUUGAAUAUUUGUGUUAUGCCAUCACUAAGAUAGUUGCAAUCAUAGCUAUCUGAUUCAGAACGUGCAAGACAAGUUAAAUUAUGUGAAAAGAAUCAUUAUGUAAUUAUGAGUUGCCUUCAGCUUGGGCUGCCACUGAGAGGGGGGGUGUGAUUUAGGGCCUUUUUGGUUGCUGACCUGGCAAAAUUGCUUGGGCCAGGCGAUCUCAGGCAUUGGAUUUUGGAGGCCUGAGGCCUGGUCACCUGGAUGUGGUUGCCUGGACAGGCAGGAGUUGGUUCGCUUAUUUCACUAGGUUUCAUGGUAUGUAGAUCUCUAUGUUAGUCUGCACGUUUAUCUGGUUCAUGGUGAAAUAUUUUGCUCCCAUUAGACUAUAUACUAGUGAAAUAUUAGAAAUUAUUCGUUGGA